GUUUUAGGUGUCCAGGGUCAGGACUGCAACACAGUGACUUACACCAAGAGGACAAUCUGUGCCUUGAAGGGGUCAUCAGUGGACAUUUCCUGUACUUAUGGCAGUGGUUAUGAUACAGUCACAUCAUCACUCUGGUUUAGUCCUAAACAGAGUGACAGGUGGAGGGAUAAGUCGACACCUGAGGAUCUAACCACAGACCCAGGGUAUGCAGGUUGUGUGGAGUAUGUUGGAGAGAAGGAGAGAGGUCGCUCCACCCUGAGAAUCACAGAUCUGAGAGAGGAGGACUCUGCUGAGUACAAGUUCAUAUUCAACACACAGACAUCAAGAUGGGGAUACAGUUUCCCUGGAACAACUCUGACUGUCACAGACCUGCAGGUGAAGGUGACUCCUGCCAGAAAGGCAGGGAAGAGGACACUGAUGUGUAUCACCACCUGUACUCUGACUGACAACCCCACCUACAUCUGGUACCAGAACGGACACAAAGUAAAAGAGGCCACCUCCAGCCUGUACUCAGACUACAUUAGUGAUGCAGACAGUUACUCCUGUGCUGUAAAAGGCCAUGAGGAUCUCCACUCUCCUGCAGUGUAUGGACCAAGGAACACCUCAGUGUCAGUCAGUCCCUCUGGUGAAAUAGUGGAGGGCAGUUCAGUGACUCUGACCUGCAGCAGUGAUGCCAACCCACCUGUGGACAAAUACACCUGGUACAAGAAGAACGUAACCUCACCAAAAGCAUCAGGACAGAGUUACAGCAUUACUUCUAUCAGCUCUGAGGACAGAGGAGAUUACUACUGUGAGGCUAUGAACAUUAGAGGGACAGAGACUUCCAUCCCUGUCCAUAUUAAUGUCAUGUUAAAUCCUGCAGCAGUGUUUCCCUGGGUUCAUGUGGUCUGGGUGGGGGCUGUCCUGACUGCUGGAGCUCUGCUCCUCACCAUCUACUGCACUCUGAAGAGGAGAUCCACAGGCGGAAGUGAUGCCACAACAGACACACAGAGUGUCCAUCAUGACCCUAACAGUGACACGUACACAGGUCUGAACAUGAGGACCAUGUCACCUGACUACGACACUCUGGCAAGUGUCCAUCCUGACCCUAACAGUGACAUGUGCACAGCUAUGAAGAAGAAGACCAGAUCACCAGAGUGACACCCUGGAGUAGAAUGUGAGGGACUCCCCCAGUGACACAGCCCCUCAGAUAGAUGCUGAGCCCUCCGAUUAUGAGAACUGGAGCGAACCACCACAGAACCUGGACAGUGACACAGACCCUCAGAUAGAUGUUGAGCCCUCCGAUUAUGAGAACUGGAGCAAACCACCACAGAACCUGGACAGUGACACAGACCCUCAGAUAGAUGUUGAGACCUCCGAUUAUCAGAACUG